CUGAAAUGACGGCAUUCUACAGCUGCUAUUCAAAGUGCUAUGAAUCAGUUUGCCUAAAGUCUCACUCCACCAUUUGAUAUUUGUUUGGUUUUUGUUUGGGUCCAUAGCAUAUCAGUUUCCUUCUUCUUCAAUCUUCAUCAUCUUGUUCCUUUCACCAUUUCCAACCCUUCUUCUGUUUCUUUGUGUUCAAAAAUAUUCUGCUUUUUAUCCUUUUCUUUCUAGUUUCUACCAUUCAGAUCAGGUGAAAAGAAUCACACAACAAACAAACAUGGCGGCCUCCACCCUCGCUACUUGUAUUCGUUCUGCAUUACAUAGUGUAGAUUUGUUGCUGGACGUGAUGUUUCCUUCCUCUGAUCAGGCCCUUCAAACAUUUAAGUCCCUGAGAUUUCAGUUGAGAAAACUCGAGAUGUUUGCUCUUUCUGCUAGAAAGUUGGGGAACCAUCCAAGUCUUGAAUCUUUCAUGGCAAAGAUCGAAGAUGCCGUUGGCAGAAUUAAUGUUCCAAACCACAGUUUAGAAGAUCUCACGGAUCAGUCUCAAAUGCUCUCAUUUCAUAAGGACAUUAAUUCCUUGGAAGAACAAAUACAUGAAUGGUACAACAAUCUCUUGGAUGCCGAGCGAGGAUCGAUUUCUCUGACGAAAAGCGAGAUCUUGGAAAUAAUCAGUUCCUUUCUAGAGAGUUUAGAGCAAUAUCAGAGCUUUCUGGAAUCAGAUGCUGCCUUUGAAAUUUUAGAAAAUUUACUGAAAGCUUGUCAAGUGCAAAUUUCAUUCUUGAGAAAUCUCAUCCUGUUGGCCACACAACGAAAUGUCGAACCCUCGGAGGCUUUGUUGGUUCAUGCUGAAACUAUGGCUAUCCUAGCUUCUCGUCUCCUUGCCAUCAAUAUUGAGCGAGUAACUGAAAAUGAUUUCCUAUCAGUGUUGGAAACAACAAUGCCAACUGAUCCUCAUGUCUAUAAGGCCUACACCGAUGCCCUCAGAAGCUCAAAGUGCACGAGAAAUCCCCUUCCUACCACUGUAAUUUUCUGGGAGGCGUUCGCGGUGUAUACUUAUGUUGUGAUCCCUAUGCCUGGUCAAUUGGUAGAGCUGUAUGAAGGACUGAGGUCAUUAAUGAAAAUGAUUCUCAAGUUGCGCCAACCAAACAAAUUUGAUGUGAAAAUCAAGGAAGACAUACUCACAAUGUUAUGUGAUGCCGGAAUCUUCAUUUUGUCGUUGUACCAGGAGGAUGUUCAAUUAGAAACUGAGCUUCUUAAAGAUUUGUUGAAAGCAGUCAAGAUCAUUCUGGUAGAACUUGAGGAGAAAGAUCCACUAGUUCCAACUUUUAACUAUAGAGGCAUUACUCAGUUUGAAUUUAUUGGCUUUUUAUUGCAAAAACUAAUGGAGCUUACAAGUAGAGAUGCUGAACAAACUGCCAAGAGUUGUGAGCAAACUAUAAAAAAAGAAGUUGUUGACAUGAGAUCUUUCUUGGUGGACAUUUUGGAGAUGCGCCAUAAUCAGGUCGAAUACCAAUCUCUCUGGGAUCGUGUUUUGGAGGUGGCAUACAAGGUGGAGGACUUCAUAGACUACCUAGAGGUUGAAGACUCACCAAAUUAUGUUUCAACAUCAUUAGAUUCCAUCAUGAAAGACAUUGCAUAUAUCAAGUCAAUAAUCCAAGUCAUCCAGAGACCUGAGAUUAAACUCAAAAGGCAAGAAAUCGAAGUGGCGGAAGUGAGUGUGAAUCACAACACAUUGCAGUCCACAAGUAUUACCUCAAUGGAAAGAGAGGUUGUAGGAUUCCAAGACCAGGCAAACUCAAUUAUUGAUCGCCUCAAGAGAGGAUCAAACAACUUACGGAUCGUGGCUAUUGUGGGUAUGGCUGGACUAGGCAAAACCACUUUGGCUGGAAAAGUGUACAAUGAUGAUUCUGUCUCGUACAGUAUUCCUGUUCGUGCAUGGACUGUUGUGUCCCAAACAGUGAACAAAAGAAAAGUGUUCAUUGACCUUUUGGCUCAAAUUGAUCCCAAGAAAUGUUCCGAAGAAAUUAAUUCACUUGCAUCAACUCAUGAUUUAGCGGAACUGCUGUGGCGUAGUUUGAAGGGAAGGAAAUAUCUCAUCGUUUUAGAUGAUGUAUGGGACGUUGCAGCAUGGCAAAGCUUGCAAGAAUCAUUCCCUGAUGAUUUUAAGGGAAGUAGAGUGAUGUUGACCAGCCGCAAUCAUAAUGUUGCUCCUCCCAGUAUGCUUGAAGGUUAUCCUUAUGAAAUUCAACCACUGAGUAAAGAUGAGAGCCUGGAUUUGAUGCAAAGACAAUUAUUCGGCGGAAAUGGUUGGCCUACUGAAUUAUAUGAUAUUGGGAGACACAUUUCUGACAUUUGCAAUGGACUACCUCUUACAAUUGUCAUUGAGGCCAUGAUGAGCUGCUAUCAUUCAACGAGCCUCGUCACCUACGUAGGUUAUGCAUUCACUCUACUGCAGACUGUUUCCUGGAGUCAGAAGAUAUAUUGUUCUCAUGUUCGUUCUCUGAGUUUCAAGUAUCCUGAAAACAGAUUAUUGUUUAGAGAUAUCUCAUUCAUGAUGCUUAUUAGCAAACUGCUGCGAGUGUUGGAUUUGGAGAAAGUUCGUUUAAAUUGGAAGAUUCCAAGUGAAAUCGGACUCCUUGUUCGAUUGACCUACCUAGCAAUUGGAUGCUCUUGCUACGACAUCCCACCUUCGAUAGGUAACCUCUUUAAUUUGGAAACUUUGAUUUUGAAGACUUAUAGUGGACAAGACAUUAACAUUCCAGACAGUUUCUGGAAUCUAAGGAAAUUAAAGCAUUUGUAUGUAAGAGGUGAAUAUGCGAGUGGAGGCCUUUUAUCUGUAGGAAAUCUUGACAGUUCACCUGUUUUAUAUGAGUUGGAUGAGAUCACUGGUUUAUAUGUCCUUUUCACCCUCAUGGAAAGGCUCAUGAAAAGGUUUCCAAACGUUCGUAGGUUGAAGUUUGGACUUUUGGUUCGUUAUACCUCUGGAAGCAAUAAGAUUGUAGUUCCUUCAUUUUUAAAUCAACUAGAGUCACUUCAUGUGUCAGCAAAACUGCAGAAGCAUAUCAAUAGCACCAUGUUCGAGUUUAGUUUUCCGAGAAACCUGAAGAAAGUGACAUUGAGAAACUUUAGUUUGUCUGCUACGAGUCUGUUCAACCUUGGUAAACUGCCAAACCUUGAAGUCCUCAAAUUAGAGGUAGUACGCUUUGAAGGGAACACAUGGAGAAUAGAUGAAGAAGAAGAAGGGGAGUUAUUCUGCAAACUCAGGAUCUUGAAAUUGGAUUCUCAGGAUCUUCAGUGUUGGAGUACUAGUUCUGAAGAUCAAUUUGUUUCUCUUGAGAAGUUGCAGCUACAGUCCUGCUUGUCUUUGGAAGAGAUGCCUUCCUGUCUUGAAAGCAUUCCGAUACUCCAGAUGAUCCAGGUCAAUAGUUGUUCAAACAAUGUAGAGAAGUUUGUGAAAGGAAUUGAGGAAGUUCAGAAGGGAAAUGGAAAUUCGGACCUGAAAGUCUUCAUCUUUCCAAUAUUCAGUUGA